AUGACUGAAGUUUUUUUUCUCGCAAAAAAGACGAGGCUUAUUUGAACAUUUAGGCCUACUCAUGGAUAAGUGUUAAUAUAGGCCUACAAACGUGUUGCGAUAUGAUGCUGUAUGUUUAGAUAAAUUAGGCCUACCUGAUCGCUGAGACCUAUGAAGUUGUCUUUUCUUCUUCAAUUCUCAUUCGAUCAUUGGCAUGGACUCGAUGGGAUUUCCCUUCUUUGUCAUGAAUGGAUGUAGCCUGCGCACCCGUCACUUUCGAUCGCCAGGGAUGUUGUGAUGGAUGGAUUGAGUAUGUGCUGUGAGCUGUACCUCCAACAUGGCUUGCACAAAACAAUCAGCGGUGGACUAUGUAAAAAAUGCCCGGGUACUGCUGAUUAAGCACCUCAAGAAUCAAUCACUAAUUGUUGACAAGCUUGAAGACUUAAAUGUAUUCAACUUUGAAUACGGCAGAGCCAUCAGGUCAAAACAGAAUCCCUCAGAUCAAACUAGGGACAUAAUAGACUGUGUCGUCAAAGAGGGUGAAAAAGCCAGCUAUUCAUUGCUGAGUAUUCUAUAUAGUGAACGGGCCAGAACUUUACCAAAAGAUGCCACUCCUGACUUACAUCAGUGGAUCAGCUGUUUCUCCUUCAGCCAGGAGCCUGAAAUGGAGCCCACAGGCUCAAAGCCAUGUCAACGAUACCAGAACCAGCUCAAAAGGAAAGCCCAGGAAAUACUCAAAACUCACUUGAAACAAUCCAAAUUACUCAUUCCAGAAUAUGGACCGUUUCUUUACGCCCCACUUGUGCUUGACACAGAUGAGGAGAAUUCUCCAAAUAUAACUAAAAUUAAACAGAAAAACAAAAAGUACAAGAUACCUCGCAAUAAAAAACUGAGAACCUACAUUCCUUCCAAAGAACCUGAAGCAUCUCCUGAAGAUCUGUUGAAAAGUAGACAAGAUGUUUUGCUUAUUGGAAAACCAGGAAUUGGAAAGACAGUCGUCACCAUGGAAAUUAUUAAUAUCUGGGCUAAUAUGGAAAACAUCAGACAGAAUUAUCUGUUCUACUUUGAUGAGACAACACUCCCUGACUUGUCAACAGCAAUAAGUCUAAAAUCUCUGCUGUUUGAUGCAUAUGUUGAGCCACUUUCUGACAGAGGAGAGGUCCUGCAAGACAUCAAGGAAAACUCUGAACAUGUCAUCAUAAUAUUUGAUGGUGUCAGAGAUGUCCCUUCCAACUCACUCCUGUGGAAAAUAUUGAACAAAGAAAUUCUUCCAGAGGCCAAGGUUGUCUUGACCUGUAGACCAGAAAAUGAGGAGGCCCUUCCAGAGUGGAUGGCUUGCAGAGUGUGUGUGCAAGGGUUCAAUGAGAUAUCACUCCAGAAGUACUUGUCCCGCAUACUUCAAGAUCAUCCUGAUGCUGUGAGACUAAUUAUGGGAAAUCUAGAGCUGUGCAGCCUUUGUCAUGUCCCCAUUCAUGCGUUCAUGGUUGCAGUUUGCAUGUUGUCACAAAGUGCUGAAGCAUACAACAUGUGUACAUCAGCAAAUAUCUACCUCAACAUCUUCCGCCAUUUACUUAUGAAAUGUAAACAUGGUUUAAGGAAGUCACAAUUAAACCAAUUUAUUCUGGAAAAUAAGGAAAAGAUUUUGCAUUUGUGUGAACUUAGUUUUAGUGCAAUCAAACAGAGGUCUAUCUUGCUACAGGAUUGCAAAGACAGCAAGAUUGAGCUUAACUUUCUGAAUCAACUGACUUUGAGUGAUGAGCCAACCUAUUCAGAAACGCGGCACAGUUUCCUCCACAACACAAUGCAAGAGUUUUUUGCUGCUCUGUGGCUGCUUGCUAAUCCAGGGCAAAUAGAUGGGAGUACUGCAUUCCUGUACAAAAGAAGAGGGGAAACACUUGAAACAUGUUAUUCUUUUUCUGAGUGGCCUUCUCUCUGAAAAAAACGAAAAAUUACUGACAUGCUUGGUAUCAGAAGAGGACAUUAAAGAAACAUCUAAUGGAUUCCACGAGAAACUUUUUAGCACAUU